AUGGGUCUGGUGAAGUUGUCUCAAGGUGAGGGUUCUGAGGGCACCAACGUAGCAGCCAACAUCCCUGAUGACUUCGAAGAAGCAGAUUAUGUGAAGUCUGACCAGUGGGGGAAGGUGGAGUCUGAACAGUGGGAGAAGGUGGAGUCUGAACAGUGGGAGAAGGUGAAGUCUGAACAGUGGGGGAAGGUGGAGUCUGAACAGUGGGGGAAGGUGGAGUCUAAACAGUGGGGGAAGGUGAAGUCUGACCAGUGGGGGAAGGUGAAGUCUGAACAGUGGGAGAAGGUGGAGUCUGACCAGUGGGGGAAGGUGAAGUCUAAACAAUGGGAGAAGGUGAAGUCUGACCAGUGGGGGAAGGUGGAGUCUGAACAGUGGGAGAAGGUGGAGUCUGAACAGUGGGAGAAGGUGAAGUCUGAACAGUGGGGGAAGGUGGAGUCUGAACAGUGGGGGAAGGUGGAGUCUAAACAGUGGGGGAAGGUGAAGUCUGACCAGUGGGGGAAGGUGAAGUCUGAACAGUGGGAGAAGGUGGAGUCUGACCAGUGGGGGAAGGUGAAGUCUAAACAAUGGGAGAAGGUGAAGUCUGACCAGUGGGGGAAGGUGGAGUCUGACCAGUGGGGGAAGGUGAAGUCUAAACAGUGGGAGAAGGUGGGGUCUGAACAGUGGGGGAAGGUGGAGUCUGAACAGUGA